CUUAACCCUUUAAUUAUAGAGUAACUUUUAUGUUCUUUUUUUGUUUUCUUUUUUCAAGUGUUGAUAUAUGUUCUUUUUAGCUAUAUGGAUGAUUUGGGACUGCAGGUUUAAUGGGAUUCUCCAUCCUCUUUAUGAUUUAAUUUUGAACUUAAAUUUGGAGUGUUCUGUGUUAUUAACUUGCUUUGAAUUUUGGGGUGUAGUUUAGCUGAAGUGGGUUGUAAUUGGUAAUUAGUCAAAAGAACCUAAUUUUCGAAUAUACUUGUUGAAUUAUUGCUCAAUUCCAUCGCUUAUUAAUUCGUGUGAUUGAUCUAAAAAGAUAGUAAUUCUUUUUUUGUUGUUGUCAAAUGCUGUUCAUUAAGCACUUGUUCAUUUUUCAAAAAGCGAUUCUGAAUUCUUGGUGAAAAAACUUUUAGUACUAGAAUUUUCUUCUUUUGGAAAUUGUACUUGAGAUCCAAAACUUAAGAAGCUAGACUUGAGUAAACAUUUUUCUUUAACUGUGUAUCAAUGUAAUCAUCAUGUAGUAGAAGGACAAAAGAUUGGUAAUAAUCAUCCACGCGCUAGAAAGAAAGUGAGUGAUGUGUGCACGAGGUAUCUUGCGGCCGUAUCUCAAGUGUAAUUGUUGUUGUCAGGCAUGCAUGUUGAUGAAACAUGCUGCUCAAGAAGCUUAAACUCUCACUUCUAAUAUAAGAGAAAUUACAGCUAAAGCAGGGUAACUUUAAGAUGAUUUCAUUUUAAGAUUACGCUAUGAACAAAAAGGACAAAAAAUUGCUUCAUGUUAUUGCUUAUAUUAGUUAUAGUUGUUUUCGACCGGACCCGCUUGCAUAAAAUCCUGGUCCGCCACUGAUUGUGAAUAUGUGGUAGGCGCACAUCACGAGUUUGAAACCUGGCUGCUUAACAUAGUCCAGCAUUUAAGUGGAGAAGGUUAGAAGGGCUUCCAAUUAUCCUCAAGUUUUAAAGCUAAAACAGCGGAUUUCUUGGUCUUAAAAAGACUUAUAUCCAAGUCCUUUUUUUCCCCUGAUAUUCUUGUUCUUAAGACCAAAGUUCUUUGUAGACUUUCAGGUUUCUUGUGAGUAAACUGUGAUAGGUGUACAACUACUUGGAUAAAGUGGUGAACUAUAAAGAGUUUGCCAUCAUUUACUUGAAGAAUCGGUUGAAGUACUUGAAUUUUAAGUGUGAUGUUUGGACCUCUACCUUCAUAUACACGUGCAAUUUGUGUUCUGUUUUCGCUGACCUCUGUUUUUUCAAUUGCUUGUGCCUGACUUAGUUCUCUCUUAAAGAUCUCGGAGCCGAUGACGACUGUUCACCUUUUAUGCUAUUUGUGAUGCAGCUUUGAGUUACUGACUGCAGAGUCGAAACUGCUUCUACUCUUCCGUUUCCCAUCUUGGCUUUUUAUUUCAUUAAGAACAUCCUGAAGACAUUGGUUUCAGCUGCUGAUACUUGCUGCUCAGGAGUUGGAAUUCAGCUGGCUGUCUUUCCAACAUGAGUAUAUGUCACACUUGCAUUAAAGGACUAAACUGAUUUGGGCAAUUUAUACGACAUACUAUAUGAAAUGGACGACAGUGGGCAUCAUGAUAAUGGAAGGCGUAAACCACCUCAGGGCCAGUGGUUUAUGCAGCAUCAGCCAUCAAUGAAGCAGAUAAUGGCUAUCAUGGGCGAAAGAGAUGCUGCUAUUCAAGAGAGGAACUUGGCUCUUUCUGAAAAAAGGGCUGCCUUGGCAGAGCGAGACAUGGCCAUCUUGCAACGCGAUUCAGCUAUAGCAGAACGAAAUAGUGCCAUUAUGGAGCGGGAUAAUGCCAUUGCCACUCUUCAGUAUCGAGAAAACUCAAUGAACAGUGGUAACAUGUCUCCUUGUCCGCCCGGAUGUCAAAUUGCACACGAAGUGAAACACAUGCACCAUCCACAACAGCAUGUACAUCAUCAACCACAGUUGGGAGAACCUACAUUUAACCACAGCGAUAUGCACAUGAAUGAGUCAUCCUUACUGUCGUCACCAGCUGCUCCAGAGCCCACAAAAUCCCGUAGGAACAAAAGAUCCAAGGAGGCAAAGUCGGUGACAUCUUCUAAAAAGACUUCAAAGCCAUCAACAAAAGUGAAAAAGGAAGGUGAAGACCUUAACACGACAAUGCUUGACGAAUCGCAGGAGUGGAAUGGCGCCCAAGAGAUGGGUGGUGGAAGUGAUGACGUUAAUAGGCAGUUGGGUGUGUCAAAGCCGGACUGGAAAGAUCAGGGUCUGGGGCUCAACCAGGUUUCUUUUGACGAAUCAACCAUGCCAGUCCCAAUUUGUUCCUGCACCGGAGUUUUAAGGCCUUGCUACAAAUGGGGAAAUGGAGGUUGGCAAUCUUCAUGUUGUACAAACAAUUUGUCAAUGUAUCCAUUACCAACGCUUCCUAACAAGCGACAUGCUAGAAUUGGUGGUCGGAAAAUGAGUGGAAGUGCAUUCACCAAGCUGCUUAGCCGCCUGGCGGCUGAAGGCCACGAUCUAUCAAAUCCAGUUGAUCUUAAAGACAACUGGGCAAAGCAUGGGACAAACCGCUACAUCACCAUCAAGUAAUGCUUCUAACAUUAUUCAUCCGAUAAGAUAUCUACAAAUUUGGGAGGAUAUAUAGAAAGCAAUUGCAUGCUAUCACACGUUUGGUUAUUGUGUGUUUCAUUGUCGAUGGAGAAUCGACUUCUAUUAGUAUAACGGAUUCAAAGUGGUUUAAUCUAUCAAGAUUAUUCAACGAGGUUUGUUGCAAGUUGAUAGUGAACAGAUAACUAGUCAAAUACACUAUGAGUCUUCAUAAUCAAAGGCAGAGAUAAUAUUGUACAAAUAGGGGAUAGACAAAUUUUAAUUAGUUCAAAUAUCAGGUGUGAUAUUCUUGUUUUCUUUUUA